AAUAAAUAGACUACGUCGUUUGAUCAAAACAUCCGGAAAAAUCUUGACACAUGCUGGUCAUUAAUUACACUAAAAUCGUAGAAGGGGUAUAAUUUGAGGAUGAGUGAGAACAUGGAAGGUGAAUCAGAUAAGGAUGCUGAUGAUGGACCCGUCAAAGAAGAAUCACAAGGAGGGGAUGCAUUGGUGGUGAAAUCCAAAACCGAAGUGCGUUUUCCUCGUGUGAUGCAGAGAUUGUUCCCUUAUUCUCAGCUGAAGCCGAAUACCAAUCUUCAUCAGCCCCCUCCCAACUGGCUUCGUAAUGGCCCUACAAUACAAGUACCUAAUACAUGGAUCAGAGGAGAACCUGCUGAUAUUUCAAGUUUUGGAAUGGCAGAUGCGGAUAUUAUGGAUGACGUUGAUGUCAUUUCAGCUUCAGAGAACAUCAAAAAGUUGCUGAAGAUCCCCUUUAGUAACGACCAGGUCAGCUUGGCGGUCCAUCGUAUCGGAAAAACUCUUCUUCUGGAUAAACUCGAUCUCUAUAAGCACCUAAGGGAUGCCUCACAGUCGGAGCAGAAAUGGUUAAAGGAUGUGUUCAUGAGACUGGUUCAGAAUGACGGCGAGAACAAGUUUCAGAGCCAGCAUAAGACCUCAGAGAAUAGACAGACGUCAAAUCUCCUCUCCAAGUUCCUUUAUCACAGCUUGGGACCAGGGUACAACAUUGAGGAGACGGAGGAAGGUCAGAUCCCUGAGUUAGCCAAAGCACUGCAGCAGCUCCCAGCGCCACCAGAGGAUGAUGUAAGUCAGUUUGCUCGUCAAGUCAUCUGGCAGUUUGAAGACAUACGGAUGUUGAUUGGUACCGAUCUACCCAUCUUUGGUGGUACAACAUACCCCGCAGUCAGUCUAAGAUUAAGAGAUACCCAGAGUCCGAUAAACGUGCUGACUGGAUUAGAUUACUGGUUGGAUAAUCUCAUGUGUAAUGUGCCAGAGCUCGUCAUGUGCUACCAUCUUGACGGAUUCGUACAGAAAUAUGAACUCAUCAAAACGGAAGAAAUUCCCAAGCUGGAAAAUGCCCAGUUCUCACAAAAGGUUGUGAAGGAUAUUGCUCAGAACAUCCUCUCCUUCAUCAAUAGUAACUGCACCAAGGAGGGCCAUACGUAUUGGCUGUUUAAGGGCAAGAACGAUGAUGUGGUCAAGCUGUAUGACCUGAGUAGCCUGAUGACCGAGCACCCAGAAUGCCCGUGGGACAACCCCUUUGUUGUCCCGGUAGCCAUGCUGCUUUAUCGUGUUGCCCACAACAUGGCCCAGGCUGACACGAUAUCUGCCAAGAACAAGCAUAUCAUUGUGUACCUUCUGAAUAAGUGCCUUUAUUUACUGGCUCAAUGCAGAGAUCAACAUUUAGAGAUUGUGGCCCAAGCCAACUUUAUCCUCUGUCGGAUGUUCAUGGAAGAAUCCAGGCAGAGUCGCCAUGGCAACACGGGAGAUGAUGAUGGUUCAGACUCGGCUUGGAACGGGAGCUCGACAACCAGCAGCGACGUGGAGGACGAAACCAACGAUGCAGUCGAUGACGACCAGGCAAAGAGGCCAGAGAUUGUCCUCCCACCAAUCAGCAUCAAGAAUCUUACGGUCCCUAGCAGCAAGACCUGGAAAUGCAAAGACAUUGACAAUAAGAGGUCAAAGGUCAAAUCAUUGGAUGCAUCAAAGGCGGAGAAGGCCAGGCAGAUUUUGGAAUAUGUUGCUGAUGGUUUAAAAGCGAUAAAGAGCAGCAUCCCCGAGACUGCAACCGGCGCACACCCAGCACCAGCAUCACCACCUUCCCAUGCCGCUAUGUCACUGUCUUUACCCCCUUCGACACCCGACCGUAGCCCCCUGCCUACCAGCAAAGCCAUCCCACUCCGGGACAAACCACGAGCAGCAGAUCCACGAAAAGCAGAACCACGAACAGCAGAUCAACAAUCGCCAAGUAGCAUUUCAGGAAGGGAGAAAGGUGAACAAAGCUCUGCUCGUGGGGCAGAUGGGACUAUGAAGCAGGACUUGGGUCAGGGUAGCCUGUUCGUAGGAGGAGAUGUUGCACAUGAUGUCAAGGAUGUAGGUGGGUCAGUCCAAAGGUAUGCGGAUAGAAAGGACACUGAGAGAUCCUUGGAGACAUUGGUUCAAGAGAUGGAUAUUGGCAGAGGAGGAGAUUCAAACCAAGUGUAUUCUCAGUCUGCAGAUGAAUCGAAAGCAAGGGAUGAAGAUAGUUGCGAGACAUCAUCAACAGGAAUUCCAAGUGACCAACUGCAGCUGAAGGAUGGACCCGCUGGAGUUGAACAGUGCAGUGACCUGGUGGAGUCUGACCGCUCACCAGGCAGCAGGAGCAAGGCAGUGGCCAAGGAGAAACCGUUCCCUCCAGGUUCCUGGCAGGAGACAUCGGGUCUGCGUCUGCUGGAGAAGGCUUAUCAGGCCUACUGCAUACUGACUGCGUUGGCAUGGGAGGAGCAUAAACAUGGCAGGGCGCUUCUUAUGGCACAGCUGGCUAUCAAAUGCCACAAUGCCAGCAGGUCGACCCACGGUGGAGAGACUAACGUGUACAAUGUUCUGAUGAUGUGCGGCGAUUCCUAUCUCCUUCUGACCCAUGACCCUAGCAACCAGCAUCUUCAUCACGAAGACUACCAGAACAUCUCAGAGAUGGAUACCUUCAUCCUAGAGACGGCUAUCAUCCAGCAGACAUCCCAUGAGUAUGAGUGGGCAACUGAAUUUCAAACAGAUACUGAAGACUGUUUGGAAUGCAGCAUCAAGUGUUAUAAAGCUUGUCUGGGUGAUGAGGUGAAGAAGGCCAAAGCAUUCAAGAGGGGUGUCGGUCAAAAGCUCGGCAAUGCUUGCAAUGAGCUUGGUGUCUUCUUCAUGAACACUGCUGCUAAUCUGGCUUCCGUCAAAGAAUCGAUGCCCAGUACGUUUGAGCAGGAGCUGUGGAAGGGGAGUUACCGUUGUUUUGACACCGGUGUGAAGUCCUUUGAGGAGGUUUCCGAUUCUACCAACGUGGCUCUUCUCAAUUGCAACAUGGGUCGUCUGAUGAGACUCUGCGCCCAGAGCUAUGCUUCCGGGGGUAGCAUGGGACCAGAUGCAGAGUUCAGUACCAAGGAGAAACAUUAUUAUCUGAAGGCGGCGGAGUGUUAUGCCAGGGGUCUUCACAUCCUGGGGAACAAGAGCGGCCAUGUUGCAUUGUGGGAUUCCAUCACGUGGGAGCUGUGCUCGACUUAUUUCAACAUGGCGUGUCUGUUGCAGGAUCAGCCUCCAGUAUCCACCUCCAAUCUUGCAGAGGUUGAGAAGGAUGUGUUGGAAUUCAUGAGCAAAGCAUUGACUCUGUGUGACACAGAGGAGACAUCAUCCAGCAGACAACCUCUCUACCAGUACAGGGCAGCUACUAUCCAUCAUAGACUGGCAUCCAUGUACCACAACUCAAUCAGAAAUCAGUCCUCCCACAUGAAGAAGAAGCACACUAAAACGCUGGCUGAGCUUCACUACACCAAGGCUGUUAAACUCUUCAAGGAAAUGGAUCGCCCUGUGGAACUACUGAGAGUGGAGCUGGAGAGGGUGGCAUUGCUAGAACAUCAGUUUGAAAAUCAAACAGGAAAAGGACCCAAAGUGAAGACAUUAGAAAGCGCGCUUGGCAUCAUUCUGGAUUGCAGUUCUGUUAUCCAUCAGCUGGAAAAACUGAGCUACAAGAUAGUAGCAAAGACUGCAGAUACAGAAGACUUGAGUAAGAAGGAUAUUGUGGCUUCCAACGAAGGAGACGCAGGAGGACGCAGACAUCAGAAAGCCAUGAAAGGCGAUAACAAACAAGAUUUUCCUAGAACAGGGCAGAGGAAGCAAGAUAGCGGAAGCUGUAGGGAUGAUGUAAAACAAAAACAACCUAAGGGGAGUGAUGAAUCUGUAGAAGAUGUGAAGCUUGAUGUCAGGCUGUCUACUGAGAGACACGGUGAUGGUUCGUCCGAUGUAAGGCGGCUCGAUGUGGGUCAAGAACAGGCAACGACUGCUGAAGAUGCGACCUCUGAGAAAGAGACGGACGGAAGUAAAACAAUGGAAGAACAGGGCCAUGGAGCUGAUGGAGACCCUGCACGGGAGGGAGCUGGAGCUGAUGGAGAUCCUGCACGAGAGGGAGCCGGAGCUGAAGCACAAGGAGCAGUAGGAGGAGCCAGCGGUGGCAAUGAUGAUGGAGCCGUUGAAGGGACGGUAGGGGAGGAGGACGUGGCAGCCGGUACCAAGUCAGAAGUGGAUGAGGUCAAGAGACUGCUGACCAUCUUUGAGAGUCGUCUCCAGUAUGUCCUGCUUCAUCUGGUCAAGUUCAUGAGUGGUGGCAAGCAGAGGUGAGUAAUAGCUAGUAUUGAUAGGAAUACUUCAGUUUGGUAGAACAUGUAUGAAUGUCAAAAGCACUGUCUAAAGUAAUUUUAUUAUUUGCUGCUCUAUAAUACAGAGAGAAUACAUGAAGCAAUGUAAUCUUGGCCAUACUAUUAGGAACAAGGGUGUUUUACAUAAUUGCAUGGGUUUUGUUGC